AUUUUAAGCAAAGUAGGCCUUCCAGCAUGUAAUUGUGCUAGAGUAAAAAAGAAUUUUUAAGCAACCUGGGACUUCCAGUACCAAUAAAUGUCAUCCAAAUCAUAGACGAUCCUUCACUUCCUUUUCAAUUGCACCACUGCUUCUCCAUUCCUCUGAGCCAUGACUGAAGCAUCAUCACCAGCACCUCUCAAAGUUAUCCAAGUUUGUUCGUUGGCACCGUUUCAGGAACCAACCCUUUCCACCCUUGUUCCAACCUCUCUUCCGCUAACCUUCUUCGACCUCUUAUGGCUUCGAUUUCCACCUGGUCAACGUCUCUUCUUCUAUCACUUCCCACACCCAACCUCUUCAUUCCUUCAUUCUCUUCUUCCCUCUCUCAAACUUUCUCUUUCCCUCACUCUCCAACACUUCCUCCCUUUCUCUGGAACUCUCACAUGGCCCUCUCACUCUCCCAAACCCAUCAUCAACUAUCUCCCCGGCGACACCGUUUCCUUCACUGUUGCUGAGUCCGACCUAAACUUCAACCAUCUUUGCUCCCAUCUUUGUGAAGCAUCACAACGCCACCAUUUAGCACCCCACUUGGCCAAUUCCCAUGAUAAAGCAUCUCUGUUGGCGGUUCAAGUCACUCAUUUCCCAAACGCUGGCUUUUGCAUUGGAGUAACCACACACCAUGCAGCUUUCGACGGAAAAUCUUCAUCCAUGUUCAUCAAAGCAUGGGCCUUUAUAUGCUCUAACCUUCAAAACCCUACUACACCCACACCAACACCAUCCUUACCUCACCAUCUUUCGCCUAUCUUUGACAGAUCAUUGAUUAGAGACCCUUCUGGAUUGGCUGAACUGUACGCAGACCAGUGGAUGAAUCAUAAUGGUUCGAAUAACCGAAGUCUCAAGGUGUGGGAGUCUCUCACUGCAACACCGAGCGAUGGACUCAAAGGUUUGUUUGAAUUGACCCCUUCACAGAUUCAAAAGCUCAAACAAUACGGAAACUCAAAGGUCAAAGUGGCUGUUCAUCUGUCAACAUUUUCUGUUACGUGUGCGUAUGUGUUAGCGUGUUGGGUUAAAGCGAACCAAGUGAAGGAAGAAAAUGUGCUGUACAUAUUUGCUGUUGACUGUAGAAAGCGCUUGGAUCCUCCAAUUCCAGCCACGUAUUUUGGAAACUGCAUUAGAGGACAAUUCGUUUUGGCUUUGACUAAGGAGUUGGUUGGAAAAGAUGGGUUCAUUUGUGCUUUGGAGGGGAUAGUUGAGGCUUUGAAUAGGGUGAAGGAAGAGGGAGUGUUGAAAGGAGCAGAAAGAUCGGUUUCGAUUAUGCAUGACGCUGGGGAGGUUAGAAAAAUUUCUACAGGUGGGUCUCCGUUAUUUGAGGUUUAUAGCAUUGAUUUUGGGUGGGGAAGGCCAAAGAAGUCGGAUUUGGUAUCCGCAGACAAAACAAGAGCAUUUUCUCUCAGUGAAAGUAGGGAUAUCAGUGGAGGAAUUGAGAUUGGAUUGCUGUUACCUAAAACUGAGAUGGAAGAAUUUACUUCCGUUUUUGUCCAAGGAUUUGAUUCCUGUAUCGGAUGUGGAAAUCAAAGUCAACAGUCCAAUGUCUGAUAAGCUUUGAGCAUGUCCAAUGUCCAAGUCUGCUCAUAAGUUUGCAGUUUGUCAUUCGUUCGACAAGUUAGGAGAUUAAAGGUACUUCGUUCCAUGUCAAAGUUAAUGAAAACUUUCAGCUCAAGCUCAAGUACUAAUCGUAUAAUAAAUAUUAAUCACCUCUCUCGUUACUUUUUCUUAUAUGUUUCUGUACUGUGGUCGAGGGUCGAUCUUCUUUGUUCUGUUGUGAAAUCGUCAAUCUUCAGCCUUGUAGUUGAGCGUCCGGUUUACGGCGGCUUACCGGGCGGUAGAAUUCCCUUUCUGGUUAUGUUGGAUACAACACUUUUCCCACUUAUAAGAGCAAAUAUCUGCCCACUUUA